CCCUCCUGUAAGCUCGCUGUUUCGAGUUGUUAAAUCACGUUAAAUACAAUUGACGGGCCUUCGAAGGCUUUUCUCUUCGCGCUGUUUUGUUUCCAUAAAUAACCCUACCUAGACAUUGAUUUCUUUUGGCUAUACCAACUCAAGUCCUCAAGGUACUUUUUCACGAAAGCGAAACUUGCAGUUAAAAGAAAACAUCGAGAUCUUCAAAACGAAGGUGGACUCGUAAGGAAAUCGUAGCUAUAAAAUAGCAAUAGAUAAAUCUUUUGAAGUCGAAUAAUUUCCUAAGUAUAACUGAAGCGGUUUAGAAAGAGCCAAUCGUUCGCGAACGACCCAUCACAGGAGACCCUCGGACGGAAACAAGGCAGCGUUGUCAUAACGUUCGCGCAAAGACGCAAAUGUUACUGAACGUUUCACUUCUCGCGCUGUACCGGCAUUCUAAUAACUGAUUGCGUGGAGUGGAUUUUCUCGGUCGACAAUCUUCCAGCUAGUACCAGUUCUCCAACAGGAUCGAAAAUCAAUUCAGGGGAAGACUUGUAAAUGGAAGUUCGUACUGACUCCCUUUGGACAAUUAAGACUUCAUCAGUUCAUGGCAGAAACACUUGCUCCUGAUAUCAUGUAGGAAAGUUGGUACAAAGAACACUCUCCUUACACUCCAUGGAUGAAGGAGCUGACCCGCAGCCACCCCUCCACUGUCUGACCCUGUCCCUCCCCCAAACCCCUUCUCUCUGGCUGUGAGGGUGGGCCCAGUCUGCGUGGAUCUGGAAGUGCAGUGGCCCACAUGCACUGCAAGUACAGCCUGCUUAGCCCAGCAGCAGAGGAGUAUCAUAAGAGACUGCUGCCUUUGCAGAUGGUCUAUGCUCCCAUGGGUGUGUCUGCUGUUUUGGAGGUGCAGAGGGAUGCUCAGCAGCCCUGGGCCUUCCUCUCCUGCCCCCGACGUCCCAAACUGUACAGCUUUCUCUUUGGCUUCACUGUCGUCUUCCUCAUAAUGGCCUCCUACUUCCUAAGCAGUGAGAGGAAGGGGCUGCUCCUCACACCGUCUCCAUACCGUGACGAUCCGUUCGUGAUCCCUGCCACCCUCCCAUUCAAUCUCUCUUCUAUUAGAGAUUACGCCCACAUCAGACAGGUGGUGCACCAAAUCGUGUCCAAGGUGGAAUUUAGUCACAGAAAAUUACCAGAACUGGAUAACCUGGUGCAUAACGAACCACAUUUGUUCUCUGUGAUCCCGCGACACUUCCUACCAGGUCUUAAGAACCCCUGCUGGUAUGAGCAGCUGCAGGGGAAUGUUAGUGCCAAUCCGUACCAGAAGAACCUAUACGCCCGCUAUUCACGACAGUCACACGCUGUCUUUGAUUUCCUGAGGCGGUCAUUCCGGAAACACCUGCAGUUGCACAAGGGGAAGUUCUACCGGAUCCGCUGCCUGCCAUACUUCUAUAUCAUCGGGCAGCCAAAAUGUGGCACUACUGACCUGUACGACCGGCUUCGGCUGCACCCAGAUGUGCGGGUCACAACACUUAAGGAGCCACACUGGUGGACCCGUAAGAGAUUUGGUAUAAUUCGCCCCAGUGAGGGUCUUCAUGCCCGCUAUCCAGUGGAAGACUACCUGGACCUUUUUGACCUACCUGCCCAUCAGAUUCAGGACCAGCUGUUGGCAAACAUCACUGGAGGCUCUGCUCAGUCUACUAUCAUUAUUGGUGAGGCUAGUGCAUCCACUAUGUGGGACAACAACGCAUGGGCCUAUUUCUAUGACAACUCCACAGAGGCAGAGCCUCCCUUUCUGAUCCAGGAUUUCAUUCACGCGCUCCAGCCAGAAGCACAGUUCAUCGCCAUUCUGAGAGACCCUGUUGAAAGAUUGUACUCUGAUUAUCUCUACUUUGGGAUGUCCAACAAGUCUUCAGAGGAUUUCCAUGAGAAGGUGUGGGAAUCACUGCAGCUGUUUGAUGCAUGUCUGCAGGAUUUCAGCAUUCGGGCAUGUGUCUAUAACAGCACAUUCAACAACGCUAUGCCUGUACGGCUGCAGGUGGGGCUGUAUAUCAUGUACAUCCUGGAUUGGUUGUCCGUGUUUGGUAGGGAUCAGCUCCUUGUUCUCAGACUAGAAGACCAUGCUGCAGACAGGAAAGUCUCCAUGCACAAAGUCUUUCAGUUCCUUCAUUUGGGGCCUCUAUCAGAGCAGAAAGAGGCUGAAAUCACUAAGCGUCCAGCAUCUAACACACGGAAGCUAGCAGAUAAGAAUCUGGGCCCAAUGCUUCCACUCACGCGAGAGAUCCUUACCAACUUUUAUGCCCCUUUCAACAGGAAACUCGCAACUGUGCUCCACGAUGACUCUUUUCUCUGGAACAAAAAUUCUUCACACACUUAAUAGACAUGACAUAACCUCAUAAAAACCACUGCCUCCAAUAUCAAACAAAGUCUCUUCAGUGUAAUCAAAUCUGCCUCUCUGAGAAACAGUCAAUUCCCUAGGGGAAACUUAUAAUGUAAAUAAAAUUAUUAUUUUUUUAUGUUAUGGGGCAGGUUUGACCGAGACAAAGGUUCAGUGUUUGCUAUGAGAUUUUUUGAUGGGGUUGAUUUUUAUAUCCACUUGACACCUGCAUAUUUAAGGAAUAUAAGUGAAAGAAACACUUUUUGACAUCCUUUUUACUGGAUGAUAUUUGAGACAAAAAAAGGGAAACACAAGGGUAGUGAGAAGAUUGCUCACUUCUCACCACUUGUAUUGCAUGUACUAGUCUUCCAGACACAGGCAAUGGGUAACAAUCAACAGUGUUUUUGCAACUCAGUUCUCAGGGACCCAUAAAAAAUACACUUCCCAGUUGCCUGUAAGCAAUGUUCUUGUUGUCUUGCUCCAAGUGUGAUGGGAGCUGGAUUAGUGCAAAAACAUGAACUGACUCAGGCCCCUGAGAUCUGGAUUAGAAAACACUGCAUCAGAUCAGUAAUGUAGUUUCUUUGCAGUCUAGCACUCAGACAUGCCCUGAACUAUUUUGUGCUUUCUCCAUUCUAGGACAGUGGACCCAGCUCUUGAAGGACUUGAUAAUUAGGUGAUGAGCUGAAUCAGGUGUGAAUGGGAAAGAACACCAAAAUGAGCAGUGCAUCUCUGAACUGAGAACCACAGAAUUGUCUUUUGUCUGUGUUGAGGAUAGUUAUUCCUCUGUGUUCUUCAUAGGCUAGAACUAUGUUUUAUCCACACAGAAGACCUUGACACAUUACUGAGUGCAUUUCAUGUAUGCUCAAAGCUGAAAAUUCACUUAGAUAUCCAGUAAAAAUAUCAUUCCUGUAAAAAUCAGCCAAGUCAUUUACUCAGCAAUACUAUCGUCAGCAUUUAGAACAUACAUUUUAUUAUCUAAAUAUUUUUUACAUUUUGUCCUGUUAAAAAUGUUGAUGGACUAAUUUUACAUGUAAAAUGACAUUGAUGGGCUAAUUUUACAUGUAAAAACACUCAGUAUUGUUUAUAACUAUCCAAAAUUCCUGUUGAAUCAUGGCCUAUAAUACAAUGAAAUAAGAAAGUUUGUGGUGCUUUCUCUGGCAUUUUCAUUGUAUGCACAUGUGGUCUGCUCCAACUUAUAGUAAUGACAAACUCAUCAGCUUGUAAUAGAGUACAUUUAUACAGUAAAUUCACUAAUGUUUCACAUAUGCAAAAGGUGAUGGAAAAAAUAUUUAUUUAUGCAAUCAAUUUUUAGAGAAAAAAAAAUAACUGUGAUACUUGGGUUUAACUGAGGAUAAAUCAUAAUCAAAUACAAAUGUUAAUUUUGUAUUAGCGCAAACAAAGCAAUCAAAAUCAAUUCAAAUGUUAUGAAACAAAUUCAAAUUGUUAAAGUUGAUUUGUGAAAUUAAGAAUUAUAUAUCUCCAUUAAAUUGUAUGUACUUUUUCUAUCA